AUGGAGGAUGUAUGCAAGAGAUUUGAUACCGAAUACGAAGUGACGAGAAAUGUUAGACACAGAAAUCUUGUUUCAGUGAUUACUACAUGUUCUAGUGACUAUAUAAGAGCCUUUGUUCUGCAAUUUAUGUCCAAUGGAAGUCUUGAGAAUUGGCUGUACAAAGAAGAUCGCCACUUGAACCUUCAUCAAAGAGUCACCGUAAUGCUUGAUGUAGCUAUGGCAAUUGAAUAUCUACAUCAUGGUCAUGUCACUCCAAUAGUUCAUUGCGACCUAAAGCCAGCCAACGUACUUUUGGAUGAAGAUAUGAUGGCUCAUGUUGGUGAUUUAGGCAUCUCUAAAAUUUUAGCCAUAAGCAAGUCCAUGGCUUAUACCGAGACAUUGGGCACUCUUGGAUACAUUGCACCAGUUGUAAAAAAUCUACUCAUUUUUUGGCCAAUGAUUGGACCAAAAAUACUUAUUUUUGCUCUUGGUUUGGUUGUUCUCAAUCUCGAGAACAACAAUUUCCACGGUGGCAUCCCUUAUGGACUUGGCGAAAUGCCUCGCUUGAAAGUUAUUGAUGUUAAAAACAAUCAGCUCAGCGGAAGUAUACCAACAAGUCUAUUUCAAAACCAAAGAGUUCAAGUAAUUUCAUUGGUUUUUAAUGAACUCAGUGGUGAAAUGUGGAGAGGGCCAUGGUAUGUACCAAAACUGAGAGUCUUAAAUCUCUGGAACAAUAGCCUCACCGGUAUAGUCCCUCCUUCUGUUGGAAAUGCCACAAAAAUGAUGAACUUCAGUAUGUCUGGGAAUAGAGUGAGCGGCAACAUUCCAAAGGAGAUUGGUAAUAUGAGCCAACUUGUAGAGCUAUUCCUGUUUGACAAUCAAUUAACAGGUUUCAUUCCUCCAACAUUGUUUAACAUCUCGUCUCUACUUUCUGUGUCUCUGGCAAACAAUAGCCUUUCCGGUUCUCUCUAG